AUGUCUUUUCUGAAAAGAAAACCUGCUUCUCUGGUUUUUAUUGACGAUAUUGAUCCAGCUAAAGAUUGUUACAAGAUUAAAGUCAAAGGAACAAGGAUUCAUGCUUCUAUUGAUGAACGUUCUCUUGAUGUUAUUGGUGAAGUUGUGAAUGUCGGACCUUUAGAAGAUCUUGUGGCAAAAGGAAAAUCAUCAACUAAGCUAGAAUUAACAAUCCGUGACAUAACUGACACACAUUUAACAUGUACGUUGUGGUCUGGGUAUGCAAAGCAAGUAUCAGAUUUCUUUAAAUCUAAUGAAGCAUCAUGUAUUGUAUGUGUUGCUCGAUUUGUUUGUGUGCGAGAAUUCAGAGGAGCCAUUACUGUUUCUAAUGUAUUCAAUGCUACUGAGAUUCUUUUUGAUCCACAAUUACAAGAAGUUCUUGACUUCAAAUCCAAAUUGCCUAAUGAUGAUUUGGUUAUUACUAGAGAAGAUUUUGAUCCAAAAUCUACACCUCUAAAAAUAGAUUUAUACGAUGAGUUUUUCAUUAAGAAUCCAAUAAAAUCUAUCCGUGCAUUGAAUGCAUCGAAUGAGGUGGGAAAAUGUGUUACACUUUGCAAAAUUGUUUCCAUUGAAACCACUCCAAAGUGGUAUUUUGUUGCAUGCCGUACCUGUAAGACGACAGUCCAUCCAUGUGAAGAUGAUCUUGAUGAUGAUAGUCCACCUUUGUUUCAUUGUAGCGGAUGCAAUAGAAACGUCUCUAAUGUUGUGGCUAGGUUUAAACUUGUCCUUUGUGUUACUGAUCAUACGGGAGAGGCAGCUAGGUUUAUUCUUUUUGAUAAUGUUGUUGUCCCCUUUCUCCAUAGAACUGCUAUGGAUCUUGCCGAAGAAGUUGCGGAGGAAGACGCAUCUCUUCUACCUUUGCCGCUGAUCAGACUUAUUGGGAAAACAUAUAUUUACAAGCUUAAUAUAUCAGCUGAUAAUUUGAGGAGUCGUAAAGCAUCCUUUAAAGUUGAUAUAAUUUCUGAUGAUGAAGAUUUGAUUAGUAAGUGGGUCACUGAAGGUUAUACUCAGGGUGGUUUGUUUAUGGAUUGCCAACGUGUUUUGGAAGAUUCAGCUGAAGCUUCGCAACCUGAUGGAUUAAAGCGUAACAGUGAUGCUUUUGAUCGUGGACACUUGGAUGUGGGGACAGAUGGAAAUACUAAAAAGUUGAAGAAGACCAAAGAAUAA